CAAUUCAAUCCAGUUUCACCUGGCUUCCCUUCGGCGGAGGUGAAAGAUAUUCGGAAAGAAAGUGUAGCAUCGUCAUCUCGCGCCACCAACCAACAGCAGAGUGAGAAAGAGAUUGUGUGUUGUUGAGUGGUACAAGAGCAUGUGCGUGUGAGUGAAAGAAAAAACGAAGCGAUAUUGAAGAAAGUCGGCUCAAGAAAGGAGAAGAUGAUGACGCGAUGGUGAGGAAGGUGUGUUUCUGUUGCCUGCAGCCGUCCACAAUUUCUCGACACACGGUGAAGACGACGUGUCAGGUUGCGAAUAACGAUCGCCACUCUGCAUGCUGGCCGGAUCGGAAAACUGCGCUGUGAAAGGUGGUGGUAGGUGGAGCGAGCCAAGGCUUGGGAAAAGUCGGUGAAACUCGACGGUGCGUGCGUGCGCCAAACAACCGCGACAAUCGCCACCAACCGAUAAGGCCUCGGGGCGAAGGUGGAGUGGGUUGGUUAGGGGUGAAGAGUGUUUUAGUGAAAUCGAAGGUGAAGGGGCCACUGGGUGGGUAGUAAAGAAAAGUGACCUCCAGUGAAGAAAUUUUCACCGGCAGCGCUUAGUCUCGUUAUCGGGAAAAUAGAAACCUGUCGUUUGGGGAUCGUGUCGCAUAUAAUUGAUUUAUCUUCGAUGUGUAUUGAAAGUGUUUUUAUGUAUUAUUUCAGUAUAUAAUUUAAAGUUAAACCAUCCAGUGCAUCAUCAACGAAAAGUGCCUUACUACUAACAGCACAAGAAAAGUGAAUGUCUACUACGAUUAGUGAGGAGCGUUAAGAGCUACCGAUUGUGCUUACAGUAAAAAGUGAAUGCGCAAGAUUGAAUGAGCAGCAGUAUAAUAAUUUGCGAGCAGAAUAUUCGAAAUCAUUCCCUGCACAACGCGCAACAAGAAAGUGAAAAGUAAAGGGUGGAAAAAAUCUUCCUUCUAAAGGUUCGUCGCUUGCCGCACACAACAAGUCUUUCGUUGUUCGCACGUAGAAACGUAGCUGUUCGCUUCCCUUCGUUUGGCGAGGGCAGGGAAAGGCGGUGUUUGCGUGAGACAAAAAGGGAGAAGUGAAAAGAAUCUGGAAGUAAAAGUGAAACGCGAGUCCGGACGCGCGCGCGCACACACUAGCGCACAAGCACACCCGACCAGCGGACGACGUGGUUCUCUUUCUGCACCGUGGUUCCUGCGCUGCCAGCAGUAGGACCGGAAUUCCAACGAUCGAUCCCGAUCCCCGUUCUCGUGCCGUCCCUUUCACACUGCCACACACACACACAAACGCGCUCACGUACGAGAGUUGGACAGCAUCUCGUCAGCGGGUUUUCUUCCCAUCAUUAACCACAUCCCACAGUGCGGCAGAAAGAUCAUUUAUUAUUGAACAGAACAGGUUCUUUCACCAUUCCGCAUGAACAGUCCCGGGGGAUAAGAUGAGCGCCGAAAGAGCGCAGGAGCUCAACACGGCAGCAGCAACAUCAUCAUCAUCCAGCAGCAGCUAUUACGGUGUGCUUCAUUUUCCUGCCACCAAACGAAAAUAGUUCAAAAUAUUUUGGACAUCCACUGUAUGCUCUAGGCGAGCACUAGCUACUAGAAGGCAAGGCCCAGGAAGAAACCCUGAUAAACGAGAGAUCUUAGAGUUUGAGAACGUUUCCAACCUUCUCGGUACAUCGUCAUGCCAGCAAAAGGACACAAUUGCUGGGAUAUUCCCACAUCCGUACAGAUGUACAUCUACCGACUGAUAGCCGCCAUGCUGAUCUGCCUCUGCCUAACGGUGGUGGCAACGGCAAGCACCAUUCCAAAGCAAACUACUAGCUGUAGUACAUCACAAGACUGUAGUAAUCGUCCACAUCUGCCGGACGCACCGCUGGCUGGCAAAUCGAAACGGUCAGCCGCACCCAUCAUGAACGAGCUCACGCCCCGAUCCAGCACUGGCAGAUCGAAGUCUGCUUUCCGUGUCCUUCGAUAGCAAUAGCAACAGUGUUCUGGAAACCAGUGCAGGACCUUCUGGUCGCAGUGGAAAGGAUUUACUUGACGAGUCGUACCAACGCACCAAGGAACUGGCCAUGAACAUAUCGAACGUGCAACGAGCGGUUUUAGCUUCACAACAGCAACGUCCUCCACCGUUCAGAGUGCAGGGCCCCGUUCCACCACCAGGGCCCUGGUAGUCGCCAGAAUCCGAAUCCAGACAUUCAGGACAUCAUCACCGGCAUUGUGAAACUGCUGAACGGAAACGUCAACGUACAUGCGAAUCCACAACCCACACGACGCCAUUCGGCGACACGCAUCAACAACCGAGGUCCUCCACGCAUUUCCGAAGCUCAACCACUACCGAAUGAGUAUGAGGGGGAACUUGGUGCACCUACCUCCACACGACCUCUGCUCCAACCGGACCAAGGACAACAAUCGGGAGGCCCAUCGCAAGGCCCACGACCGGAUCAUCCUGUGCGUCCGUUCCUAACAGGGGUCCCAAUCCCGGAGCAGAUUGUACCGUCGAUGCAGCAAACCUACCGACCCGGAUUCGUCUCACAGAACAGACCACCAUGGCAGAGACCCAAACCACGGCCUCCAAUAUCUCCAAACAGACGACCGAUUCCACCAUACAAACCCUAUCCGACCAGUCUCGACUAUCGACCGGAUCCGUCCAACUACGAUGGCAGUGGGCCAACCAAUACGGGUCCUAUAGCUAUUCCCACAAACAAUGAUGGUGGCAAUGCGAUCGAUAACGUUACUGAGAAGGUGAUCGAGGAUCCACCCUACGAACUUCCCAGUGCGGGAGGCAACUACCCAACUACAACACAAGGAGCGAGUGAAACGAACCCGGAGGUUGACGUCACCACAACCACUACGACCGCUGCCAAUGCAGAUUCGGAAGACGAUCAACCGCCGGAGGCAUCGAAGAAACGACGACCAACAACAGUUCCGACGGAGGUGCAGUACACGAUCGAGUCGGCAACGAGUGCAGCAAGCGUGAUGCCCGCAAACGGUCCGAAUGGUGAGACUUACGAUCCAGAAGUGGUGCCAAGUGUAUACGAGAUCAACUCGAUCGAGUAUCUCCCGUCCAGUGGAGUGCUAGAACCUACGCCAUCAACGUCUGGUGUGUUCGUUACCACCAGUACGAGUGUGCUAGAACCCUCGACCAGCGGAGAAGGGGAUCAUUCGAUUGCGAUCACUCCCACUCCUACCCUUCUGCCUACAACGGAAACUUCCACGAUCUCGAAAACGAAAACGACCACAACGAGUACGACGAGUCCUGCUCCCUCGGACGUAAGCACGACUUCGGACGUAAUAUCCCCAACGAAGAGUUCGACGACGACAUCAACGGACACAACGAAACCUCCAGACUAUCGAUUCCAACCCCGCCCGGGUUUGGUUCUGGACGAUCCAGACUUUAAGCCGGGUGGCGGUGCGGGAUCUGGCAGCAGCAAUGCAAUUCGCACGCAGAACCUACCACCAUUUGCUAAUCGACCGGAGAUCUACACAGCGCCUCCUCCUGGGUCCGCUGGAUCUGGGUCAGGUGGCGCACGUCCUCCAAAUUACGGUGAGAUCUUCGAUGUCACACUGUCCGCCAUCCAAGGGCCGGGCGGAGCAGGUGGUUCCGGGUCGCAGCAAACAAUUAAAAUCAAUCCCUACUACAAUCGACCCGGACAGGGCGCUGGACCCGAGGCCAGCAUUAUUCUCACGGGCACCGGCACCGAUGGGUUCGUUUCGAUCGAUGGUAAACGAUCGUAUAUUGAUCUGUUCGGUACGGAAACGCAACGCGGAGGCCAGAAAACACAAAUCCAACCAACUCAGACACGAUCUAGUGGUCCACCUGCGGCUACGGAACGGCCCAAACCUCCUAAACUUGGUCCAACACCACCUGCCCUGCAGCCGGGCAUCGUCGGUACUGGAUAUGCCGUGCCGGAAACGGAAUCUCCUGUACAUGCUGGACCGAUCGGAGGAAACAAACCGGUCGCGAGUGGUUCUGGACAACUUCAACGUGCUCCCUCGGUGCACCAGAAUCGUCCGAAGUACCCGGGAGCUCUUGGACUGCCACCGGUACGCAUCGACACGUGCAUUGUGGGCGAUGAUUCCACCUGUGACCAGGCCCAGAACGAACGCUGCAAAACGGAGAACGGCGUGUCCAGCUGUCACUGUCGACCGGGAUACGCUAGACGAAAGCAUCGAGAACCAUGUCGACGGAUCGUGUCACUGAUGUUAUCGAUGCGAGUGGACAAGAUCUACGAGAGGCGUAUCCACUGGGAUGUGUCAUUGGCGGACCGGGGCAGUGAGAAAUACCAGCAGCUGAGCUAUGAGGCCAUCCGGGCGAUGGAUUCGGCAAUGUCCAUGACACCGUUCUCGGACGAGUUCUUGGAGGCACGCAUCAACGGCAUCUACACCGUCAACCCUACCACAGGAUCGUCUGUAUCCGGUUCCACGUCCGGUGCCGUGUUUGUUAACUACACCGUCAAUUUGGACGAAAACGCAGAAACACUUCGUCCUGCGCUUCGGUCCGACAUCCAGCGACAUCUUCUGGGCGUCAUCCACCGACGGAACAAUAACAUCGGCAACUCUGCACUAUACGUGGAGGCCCCUACGGGAGCCGUUUCGAGCGUGCAGGAUGUGGAUGAGUGUACCUCGGACGAGUUAAACGAUUGCGACGAGGAAGCCCACUGCACCAAUCUGUUUGGCACGUUCCGAUGCGAGUGUAACGUUGGCUUCCGCGACCCUUGGGCCGAUCAACCGCAGCGAGCCGGACGUGAGUGUCUGUCGUGCCCGGAGUCGUACUGUACGAACCGCGGAACCUGUAGCUACGAUAACGCCAACAACCGGCAGGUGUGCAAGUGUCUCGGCAGCUACUAUGGCACCCAGUGUGAGAUCGAUGGCGAGGUGCUCGGUGUGGCUGUCGGUGCAUCGGUUGCCGCCGUCAUCAUCAUUGUGCUUACGCUGAUCUGCCUCGUCAUGUGGAGUCGGAAGUGGCAGCGAGAGCACAAAAAUGCCAUGGGCAGCCCAGUGUUUGGCUAUCUCGGCAACGGACAGGUGAAGACCCCGGUCAUGGGACAAGCACCGUACCAGGUGACCCUCGAGGACCGGAUGCGAUGGGCGCAGAUUGCGGACGUAAUGGCUCAAGCGAAUCAUUACGCGGCUGAACCCGUAGCCGGACGCCCAUCGUCAGCCAUGUUUGGCUAUCCUAACUUGCAGACGAUCGGUAGCAUGAACACACUCUCGCUACACGGAACUCUGCCGAUGCACACCGGAACCUUACCUCCAGUUCCGUUGCCAAGGACUCUUGGACUAAACCGGAACGGCAUGCGAACGUUGGAAAACUCCAGCUCAAGCGAAGAAGAGGAUCGUGCUGAUCUGCUGGGACGCAACUUUAACGUGCCACGGCCCAAGAGUCGCAGCAAUGCUAGCGUAACGUCGGGUAUCUAUUACGAUGUGGACUACGCACCGACCGGUGCAGAACAGCUGUACGGCGGUGGCAGUACGCUCGGCGGUACGAUAGGUGGCGGCGGAUUAACUGGCGGUGGUGGAGGUGGUACAACAAAGUCGCAAAGCAGCAUACCAAUGAGCACGUACACCUCUUCCGGCCGGCCAUUACAGUCAACGUACUAUAAAUGAACGGUCACGGCCUGGUACGCACAUUUCGGUGCGAGAGUUCCCGAGAGAUUGCCACGAGAGACGCACACAUCGACGACACGCGUGCGCAGACGCGCAAUCAUCUCGUUGUGAUAAAUUGAUCGAUUUCGGAACUAAGGACACUGGAAGGAAGGAACAAAGGUACCGCGAAUCUUUCGUCCCUUCAAUGGGACUGUAGCCGCUCGGCCAAAAGGGCGACAAAAAGGAUCAUUUGUAAAAGUGUACAUAUAGCGCAAGGAAGCAAAGGAACGAUGCUGUUAGUCUGAGUUAGGCGUAUAAGUGUAAGAGCAGGUAUUAAAUUAGUCUAGUUGAACCGAUAUUCGACGGCAGCCUAACACAAGCUGCUUCAGCUGUAUUUAAUAACAGAACAAAUGUAAAUGAAGCGGGCGUGAAUGUAAAAGACCGUGAGCAAAACUGGGUGUGACGGUAACAAAAAUAAAUGAGAAUAAAGAGUCUUGUGUUAAAGCUUA